GCCCCGGGCAGCCGCGCGGCGGCGCUAGGACCCCGCGGGCCGGGGCUGCGGCGGGGCCUGGGCGGCCGGAGCGGCUCGGACCCCGGCUCGCGGCUCCCGGCGCCAUGUGAGGGGGCUCGGGGGCCGCGGGGGGCCGGGCGCUCCCCGGGGGAGAUGUGGAGGCUGAGGCUCAGCGAGGUCCCAUGGCUCUCCCGAGGCCCCUCACCCAGAGUGACCCCUCCUCCGUGUCCCCCGGGCCACUUGCAGGACACCGGCCCCUGCCCCACAGCAGAUGCCGCAGAGAGAUGAGUAGCAACAAAGAGCAGCGGUCAGCACUGUUCGUGGUCCUCUUUGCCCUCGUCACCAUCCUCAUCCUCUACAGCUCCAACAGUGCCAAUGAGGUCUUCCACUACGGCCCCCUGCGAGGCCACGGCCGCCGGCCCUUCAAUCUCAAGAAGUGGCACAUCAGUGACGGCUACGUGCCUAUUCUUGGCAAUAAGACGCUGCCCUCACGGUGCCACCAAUGUGUGAUCGUCACCAGCUCCAGCCACCUGCUGGGCACCAAGCUGGGCGCCGAGAUCGAGCGAGCCGAGUGCACCAUCCGCAUGAACGACGCGCCCACCAGCGGCUACUCCGCCGACGUGGGCAACAAGACCACCUUCCGCGUGGUGGCCCAUUCCAGCAUCUUCCGCGUGCUGCGGAGGCCCCAGGAGUUUGUGAACCGGACCCCGGAAACCGUGUUCAUCUUCUGGGGCCCCCCCAACAAGAUGCAGAAGCCGCAGGGCAGCCUGGUGCGGGUCAUCCAGCGGGCCGGCCUGCUGUUCCCCAGCCUGGAGGCCUACGCCGUCUCUCCCGGCCGCAUGCGCCAGUUUGACGACCUCUUCCGGGGUGAGACGGGCAAGGACAGGGAAAAGUCCCAUUCGUGGCUGAGCACGGGCUGGUUCACCAUGGUGAUCGCGGUGGAGUUGUGUGACCACGUGCAUGUCUACGGCAUGGUCCCCCCCGACUACUGCAGCGGCCCCGCCUGCAGCGCAUGCCCUACCACUACUAUGAGCCCAAAGGGCCCGACGAGUGCGUCACCUACGUCCAGAACGAGCACAGCCGCAAGGGGAACCACCACCGCUUCAUCACCGAGAAGAGGGUCUUCUCGUCCUGGGCCCAGCUCUACGGCAUCACCUUCUCCCACCCGUCCUGGACCUAGGCUGCCGGCCAGUGGGGUCCAAACCACAGCCCCGGAGAAAGCACGCGGCCCUCGGCCCCGCCCCCGCGGCCUCGUCUGGGCCAAUCAAGGCCGGCCCGGGUGGCCCUCGGGCCAAUCAGGCUCCGGGCGGCGGCUAUCUUCCGGCCAAUCAGCACCUGCGGGGCGUCUCGUGGCCAAUCAGGGAUUUGGGCUUGGAUGUGGCCGAUCAGGGGUGUCGGGGUGAUUCUCGUUAAGUCAGGGUCUGAGUACAGUGAAUCAGGGUAUUUCUGAGGAAUCCGAGGCUAAGGACACGACUUUUCCCAUGAGGCCUUGGGUUCAGCGCCCCUCCGUGGGCCCCCAAAUCACUUCCCGUGCGUGGGCUGGGACCUGGGGGUCUUCCCGGGAACUGGGAACGCAGCAUCGCUCCUCACUUCCCAGCACCUGAACGUGAAAUCGUGGGGGUGGGCCCGGCAGCGGGAAGGCAGGUAUCCGGAUCCCGCUCUGCCUUUCCGGGCUGGGCUGGGGACCGGCUCUUGGUUCUGCUCCCUGAGCCCGUGGACCUCCUUCCUGCUCUGGGGGGGUCCAGUGGACCCCCCCCCCCCGACCUCCCCCCUCCUCACCGGCUGCCUUGGGUCAGUCCUGAGACUGGAUGCGUCCAGUCCGCCCUCUCGGGAGCUUCCUUCCCACCCAGAAACAUGAGGGUAUCUUUUUUUUUUCUUUUUUUUUUGCGCACUUUCCCCGGUUUGGGGAACUGGCAGGAAGGAGAGACCCUUUAGCUCUGAUCUUAGCCUCUCAGCCUUUAGUUUGGCUCUUAAAGAGCCAGGCCCCCCUUCCUGCUACCAUCCCGCUCCCUCCUGCCUCCGGAGGAGCCUUGGGGGCUGAAACUGGGUCUCAUGCAGCCCCUGUCUGCUGCUGGAGGCUUCCCAGGGUCUCCCAGAGUGCUGGGCCUGGAAGGCUCGAGGGGGCCUGGAGCAGUGUCUUUACCCCCGCCCCUACCCCCACCCCCCCUUCCCUAUCAGGCACUUUAAUUUGGGUCUCCCCUGCUCUUCUGGACCUGGAAGGGAAGACUGGAGUGCUUCCUGGAGGAGGUGCGGAGCGGGGAGAGGUCCAGGGGAGAAUGUGGAGGUCUGCAGCGAACCAUUGCACAUUGGGGUGGGGUGGGGGGGCCCGCCAGUUCCCCGACUUGAUUUUGUAAUGAUUUGUACAGGAAUAAAUGCUCCUGAGUUCCCGUUCGC